UUCUGGAUCUCCAGAUUACUAAAAUCUUUUGAAUUUUUUAUUAGAGGACAUGAAAAAAUAGAUUAGACCGAGACAUACUCAUUCUUACAGUAAAUCAACUGAAAUUCAUUGGCUCUACUUUAAGCAUGAUGGGAAAUCUGGAUCCAACCUAAUCUGUUUGAACACACACACACACACACACACACACAACCAGUGGCUGGUCACCUGCAGUUGUUCCCAAGUACAGUGAUAGGUGAGUGCUUUUGAAAAAUCAACUAUUGUGUCACUAAUUCCUAUAUCACUCUGUCUUUCUUUCUCUCUAGAGAAAGGUCUCUCCUUGCUCAGCUACCAUUUAUGCAAUUAUACUAUAGACAAAAAUGUGAACAAAAUGGUUGCCUAUCGAAAGUCGUAUGAAAAGGAAACACUAUGCGGAGGGUGGAUUCCGUGGAGGACUUGCACCAAAACCUAUUACAACGAAGAAUAUCAUCCUGUCACAGUCCCAGAGAGUAUGAAUCUGACCGAUUGUUGCAGUGGGUAUGAGCAAGUUGGUCUCUACUGUGCCUUAUCCCUAAACAGUUCCAGUGCAUUUGCCUCAAGACCUGGUGCCUGUCCAACAAAGGAAGCGGAAGCGUUAAAUAUCUCAUGCACAUUGGAUUUGGAUUGUCCAGAACAUAAAAAAUGCUGCGAGACAUCAAAAGGCACUGGCUGUUCUGAUCCUGUAUCAGAAGAGCAAACAGUGCCAAGAUACUGGUAUGACGUGUCAGUCCUGGUGAAAAUGGAUUUUGAUGAGUUAAAAAGAGUGGAUCCAAAACUUCUGAAUCAUUCACGGCUUCUGCACUCUAUGAUUACUGGCGCACUAUGGCCCCUGGAUGUCUCAGUGUAUCAUAUUCGUACAACACAGGCAGAACCCUAUACAGAGACAUUGGUUUCCCGGGUUCUGAUUGGACUGCAAGAGCUGGUUCCAUUGGCAAACGUUUCUUCUUUGUUGAAGGACAUUGUGAUGCGAGUGUAUGAAGUUAUCGACAUAGUUGUCCAAGAUGCCACAGACUCUGGUCCAGAUUCAGAUUCACUCAAUGUUCUAUUUAAAAUAAGAAAUUCUUCUGUUUCAGCUACAAAUUCAACAUCUGCAUCACAAGAACUCAGCAGACCAGAGGAUUCAAAAUGCUAUGCUCCAGCUAUUAGAAACCACAAGAUCUUCAGUGUUACUAGCAGCAGUUUUGAAGUGGCUUGGAGUGUGAAUUCGACACGGAACCAUUCGUUCAAUAUAGAAAUAUUCAAAGGCAAAGAACUCAUGCAACAAAUAGAAACCAAUGAUACCAAACUAGAUGUGUUCAAUCUGGAAGCAGGCAUAAUGUACACAGUGAACAUCAGUGCUGAAGUUUGUGGCAAAAAGACUGUCUCAAGUAGAAAAGUAAAGACAGAUGCCUUAGUAUUUGGUUUAACAAUAAGGAUCUUGAAUUAUAACUUCACGGAUCAGCUCCUCAACGCUAGCAGUAUCGAAUAUCAGGCAUUUUCUAGCAUUCUGAUGACUGAGAUCAGAAAGUCACUUCCUUCAAAUAUGUCUGCAUUAUACCAGAUGGGAAAGCUGAAAGUGCAAAUAGACUCUCUUAAAGCUGGUAGCAUUGUUGUGAGACUUAAAAUCAUAGUAGAAGACCCAUUAUUUCCAAAAGACUUGUCUGCAUUUGAGCCAAUGAUUUCAUCACUGUUCAACAGUUCUGCAUUCCUUGUUGACCAGAAUAGCUCUCGAGUAGAAGACUGGAAUGAAUGUGCAACCCGGGCAGAGAAUGAUUGCUGCACCUUUGCAGAAUGUAUCAAUACAUUGGGCUCAUAUAUGUGCAGAUGCAAGACAACCACAGAUGCCAAUCCAUCCCGACCUGGGAGAAACUGCGAGGGUGAUAUUGUGGAUCCAGUUACAGAAAUGGUGCCUGCAUUUGAAGCAAAUGCUACAGAAGGACUGCCUGGGACAGGUUCCACUCCUCUGGCAAUGUCUGAAGUAAGGGCAGUGACUUCAUUCACUUCUAAGUCCACUGAGACAAUAAUAUUGCCCUCAAAUGGGACCCAAGAGUCAAGCACUCUUCCAUCAGACAAAACCCUGUCAGCAUCUCAGAGAAUGACCACUUCAGGGUAUGUGAGGAACAAUUACAGCCAGAGUACUUCAGCAACCCCUGCUCUGGUGACAAAAAAGUGGGAUAAUGUAACUACCACUGGUUAUGUCAGGAACAAUAACACCCUGAGUACUUCAGAAACUCCUGCUCCAGUAACAAAAAAGUGGGACAAUGUAACUACCACUGGUUAUGUCAGGAACAAUAACACCCUGAGUACUUCAGAAACUCCUGCUCCAGUAACAAAAAAGUGGGACAAUGUAACUACCACUGGUUAUGUCAGGAACAAUAACACCCUCAGUAUUUCAGAAACUCCUUCUCUGGUGACAAAAAAGUGGGACAAUGUAACUUCAUCAAAUGAAAACUUAGCUGAAGAGCGAUCUACAACACAAGAAAGGCAUAACUCUUCAAUGUCCAUGUUUCCUGGCGUUUCAAAUAUUACAGUUUAUCCUUUUGUGAGAAAUGGCUCUGAAGUAGAGACAAGCACACCUGGCCUCAUAACUGAGAGAAGUUCUCAGCAAAAUGCAACUUCAGCCCUGAAUGUAACCCAACACCCCACAUUUUAUGUUCUCAAUCAUACCCUUGAUAAAGAGAUGGGGAAAGAUAACAGAUCUUGGAAUGAGAAAAAUCCAUCCACAACAUUACCAUCUUUGUCUGGGGGCCACACAGUUGCCGCCCCUGCCUCUUAUUGUGGUGCUUCAAAUAUUAUUUUUUCCAAUAUAACCAGUACCAGCUUUCAAGUAACUUGGACCACAAAUGUUCCACUAAAUACUUCUUUCCAGUUUCUGUUGCUUAAUGAAAAGGAGCUUAUACGAGUGCUUAAGACCCAGAGCCACAACCUGACUAUUUCCGGACUAGAACCUGGGAUUUUGUACACUGUUGAAAUUGUGACAGAAGUUUGUGGAAAUAAAAGCAUACCAGUACAGCAUAAAGUAAAGACAGCUGCCCAGAUACUUAGUGGAACCGUCAGGAUAUCAAAUCUCAACUAUAGCUCAGGGUUCAGCAACACAAGUAGUCAAGAGUAUCAAAAUUUUACACAGUUGUUUUUCACUGAGGUCCGUAUGUCUCUGCCCCUUAAUAUUCUCCCGAAAAUGGAUGCUGGCUUGAUUAAAAUGUUGAUAACGAGUGUGACUAAUGGAAGUGUAGUGGUGAGCUUCAACCUCCUGAUUCCAGCAGACAUGGAUGCAAACAACGUUUCCAGUUCUUUCCUUGAGGCCUUUCUCCACAGCCGCCAUUUCAUGAUUGAUAACAGCAGUCUCUCCAUACAUGAUUAUGAUGAGUGUGAGAGGGAAGAAACAGAUUGUUCUUCUGAUGCAUCUUGCUCUAAUACUUAUGGAUCUUAUGAAUGCAGCUGCAAAGAAGGAUUUGUCAACGCGAAUGCUGAGAGACCUGGGAGAAACUGUGAAGGCAAUGUUUCAAUAUUUACUUUCAUUUCAUCUUAUGAAUAUAAGAUCAGAGCAUAUUUAAAAGGGGGCUCAUUUCUUUGCCAUACCUUUCCCUUCCACUCUAUAGCACUUUUUUCCAACCCUGAUGCAGAAGGUACCCAGACAAAAGACCUGAGCAGCACAGUUUUACCUUUGACAGAUCCGUAUACUUCAAACCAUGUGCCAUCACCUGCUGGAGAGGAUUCUUCUGUCCCCAAAACCAGAAGUUUGGAAAAUGCAACCACCAGCACUAUAUUUAGCAAUGCAUCUACAGAAACAACACUGAACGUUCAAGUCUCAUCCUUACCACCCAGUAAGCCUUCCCAGGGGAUUUUAAUUAAGAAAGCAGUCAGAGUGCUUUGCGAGAUUGAAAAAAUUGUCAUCACCAUUCAGAAGGACUUUCUGAAGCAAGAAUCUAUCCCAGAAUCUUCCCUGUACCUGGGAAGACCCCACUGCAAUGUAAGCUCCAGCAAUUCCAGUCAUGUCAUACUUCGGACUGGGUGGAACGAAUGUGGAACUGAAGUACAAACCAACACAACACACACCAUAGUAAAAUCAGUUCUUCGGAAUGAUUUGCUUUCUUCAAGGGUCAUCCGCCACCUGAAGGUUGUCAGUCCAAUCCUUUGUGUGUUUCAAAAUGAUCUCUUGACUUCAUCUGGAUAUACUCCAGAAGGGGUUUAUACCAUUUUUGAGGAUUUACAUGGAUCAGGACACUUCUUAACAGAAAUGCAGCUAUUCAUUGAAAAUGCCCCAAUUCCCAAAAAUUUCACCAUCUCUGCUAGUGAUGACCUAAUGAUUGAAGUGGGAAUACAGAGACAUGAUAGCAACCUCAAGGUGGUCGUCAGCGAAUGUUGGGCAACUCCAACUAAUAACUCAAAGGACCCUCAGUCAUUUCCUUUUAUAGAUGGCAGUUGUCCAGUUCCAAAUGCACACACCACUAUGAUUUCGAAUGGGAUAUCCAACAAAGCCCAAUUUAAACUGAAAAUAUUUUCCUUUGUUAAUGACUCAGUGGUUUAUCUACAUUGCAAAAUCCAUGUUUGUCUGGAAAUUCCAAGGAGUAGUUGCAAGACGAACUGCAAUGGUUUCCGUUUGAUGAGGACUGGGGAAACUAUAGCAAUGCCCAAUGCAUCUUGGGGGCCUCUGCGCAAAUCCGGUGCUGAAGAAAAGCGUGGCUUAGGAGCAGGUUACAUAGUCCUCAUUGUCAUUGGCGUAUUUGCAUUUAUACUGGCAAUAACAGGUCUUUUAAUUUUCCAACACCAACGCAAGGCUGGGGCGUACAAUUUCAAAAUCAAGUCUGACAAUUUUAACUACCAAGUGUUCUAUGACUGAACAUUUCAGUUUUCCAAAUCUGGAAACAUUCUAUGAACAUAAUGCUGCUCCAUAAGAUGUUGGACCUGAUGCACCCCACCAAACCUAACCACAAAUAGCCAAUGCUCAGAUGUAUCUCCUGGUCUUGACAUAAGUCCUCUAAGAACUUACUACUUUCUGUUGCUAUGCUGAAGCACUUUACAGUUCUUGCAUCUUUUCAAGAGGAAAAAAUAACAUUCACUUAAAAAACCCCAAAAACCUCUCUCACUCCCCUCAUAGUACUGUCAUUGUUGAUAUCACUCACUCAAGAAAGGCAGAACGUUUACUCAAUUACAGAGCAUUUUGAUUUUCCAUUCAGGCACUUAAUUAAAGGACUGUAGCAUUGCCAUCUUGAUGCAAAAGCCUGACUCCUAGAAUGCAUUAUGAGAUCUGCAUUAUCAGGAAGAAAAGCAUGCUUUAAGCUGUUGUUUAAAACCAAUCCAACACUGUUAUAUAUCAACUUUGUAAAACCAAUUUAACAUGUGGUUAAAAGCAACAAAGAGAAAGAAUCACUUCUGCAACUGGUCUGGUCAUCCCCCCCCCCCGAAUAUUCGCCAUUCAAGAAUAUUCAUCAUUAAAGCACUUCCCUAAUAUCGUAAGUUUUUGCAGUGCAAGAACCACUAGGUGAAUUUAAACAUCUCCAUGAACUUGCUUAAAUUCCAAACUGAUAGGAAUGACAAUGGCAAUAACAUGAGACAUGCUAGAGAAAAGGAUGAUACUUAGACACAACCUUACGUACCAGAGCAAACUGUGCUUUAGUUGACAGGCAACUCAGCAUCUAGAGUAAUAGAGGAGUGAGAGAUGGGCUAUUCCAAUGUACAAAGCAGCAAUCAUGUCCCUUCUGGGUCCAUUCUAUGUUGCCUCUAAUUAUUGUUUACUUUAGUGGCAAUACAUUUCAAUUAUUCAACGUUUCUCACUAUGCCAUUCUACGCAUAGACUAGGCUUGUCAACAAAUAUCCAGUGCCUAUAACAGCUGAAUUUCCACUUGACAUUAAGCUGUUGUUCAUCUACUUGUGGAGAAAGCCUCAUUUGCUGAGUUUCAAAUGUUGAAAGCACAGGAUCCCUCAAAAGGGGUGGGGGAAAGAGCUUACAAAUUUAGCAUUGACCCAUGGACAUGUAAUCAUAUGUGGAUGGUACUUACUGAUUUUAGAUAUUCCCACAGCCAUACAAAGGUAAUUAAAAGAUUCUAAAGGGUGGACACUUCUUUCUUUCAAUCCUUAUUUUACAUUGCAGUGCUAGUUAAAUCUUAAUAUGAAGGUAAUGAUUUGGUAAAAUGUCUGCUGUACAAAUAAAAUUGUUGAGAUAGCCUGAGAGACAUGCUAAACCGUUGUUGUUUUUUAGGAGUCUAUAUUUUUGGUACAUUUAUUGUACAUUUCCACAAUUUAAUUGGCUUUUGUGCAUAUAUGAAAAGAGAAACUAUUUUUAUAGGUUGCAAUUUCUGUGUUUCUAUGCUGUAAUAAUAUUGAUAGUUUUGACAUGGUCACCUGUGAGCUACUUAAGCAUAGUUAGUAGGGCUUUAAAUGUUACAUCACCUGCAUGGAAACCUCCCAAAACUACUUCCACAUAGUGGUGUUCAGUGCUGGAGGUGUAAAAGUGGCCCUAACUGGGUUAUCUUAAGUAACCCAGCUAGCUAAUGAAAGGGGCUAGCUAAAAUCCUGGAAGCUAUUAGAAUAAUCGAAAACAAAAUGGAGCAAAUUCCAAUUGAUUUAUGCUGAAUAAAACCCUAGUGCUGAAUUAGAUACAAAGUAAUAUUAUUAACUUAUUAUUGGCUGU